AUGUUCAUAACUAUCACAUUACAUUUACAGAAAGAUUUCUUAUUACUUCUCUCUCUACUACUUUAUAUUCUUUGGCUUUGUGAAAGUGUGACUGUGGCUUACAAUUUCUUCAAGUCUGCCUCCACACCUCAUCUUUUCUGUCCACCUUCCUCCCAUGCUUCUUUUCUUUCUCAUUCUGCCUCACCCAACCUGAUUGACUCUUCAGAUCUAAUCAAACCUACAGAGCUGAUAUAUAAACCCCAAAUCAAGCCUUCUGUAUACUUUUUCUUUCUUUUCUUCUCUCAGGUGAAUGCAGAAAGUCGCCGUAACCAACUUAUGCGAGAUAUGGCUCAACUGCGUUUACAGGCUGAGGUGUCUCAACUGGAAGGUUCACUGGAAAGUGAUCAGCCCAUCUUUCCCCCAUACUUAGUAGCACAUACAUCUGCACUGUGUGAUGCUCUACCCUCUCUCAAACAGUUGACUCAGACAGCUCGAUGCAUCGUCAUCAUACCACAAGCCGUGAUUGAUAUUCUUGACUUCUUAAAGAAAAGCACUGCAAAGGCCCGAGAGGCAAUUCGUUUUUCUUCAUUUCGUUCCACAUUUUUCUCCCGUCCAUUAUGCAUUUUUCUUCCCCCUCCUGUUCUACAUCUUUUUCCCCUUCUGUUUCUGUUCCAUGUCUUUCUCCCUUCUGUCCACUGUCUUUCAUUCACUGUCUUUCCUCUUUCCAUUCCACAUCUCCCUUUUAUCUUCCAUUCCAUGUCUUUCUCCCUUCCAUCCAGCUCCUUUUUUCCUUUCGUUCCAUGUCUUUCUCCCCUUCAUUCUACCGCUUUCUUCAUUUUUAUUUCUAACUCCAGUUCUUCUUUAAAUUCAUUUUCUUUUUCACUUCAGUUCUCCUAUUUCUUUUUUCAUCACUUUCUCCUUCCUUCAUCGCUUUCAUUUCUUUCUUCUUUUUUCUAUCUAUUUUUCCUUCAUCUUUCUUUUUCUCUUUUUCAUCCUUCAUUUUUUUCUCUCAUUCUUCCUUUCCUUAUUUCUUAUCCUCUCAUUCUAUCUUCCUUUCUCUGUCAUUUCCUUUCCAUUUUCUUUUCUUCUUUCUCUUCCUCUCUCCAUUUCCACCUUUCUCUUCCUCUCUCCAUUUCCACCUUUCUCUUCCUCUCUCCAUUUCCACCUUUCUCUUCCUCUCUCCAUUUCCACCUUUCUCUUCCUCUCUCCAUUUCCACCUUUCUCUUCCUCUCUCCAUUUCCACCUUUCUCUUCCUCUCUCCAUUUCCUCCUUUCUCUUCCUCUCUCCAUUUCCACCUUUCUCUUCCUCUCUCCAUUUCCACCUUUCUCUCUCUCCUCUUUCCACCUUUCUUCUUCCUCUCUCCAUUUCCUCCUUUUCUCUUCCUCUCUCCAUUUCCGCCUUUCUCUUCCUCUCUCCAUUUCCUCCUUUCUCUUCCUCUCUCCAUUUCCACCUUUCUCUUCCCUCUCCAUUUCCUCCUUUCUCUUCCUCUCUCCCAUUUCCACCUUUCUCUUCCUCUCUCCAUUUCCUUCUUUCUCUUCCUCUCUCCAUUUCCUUCCUUUCUCUUCCUCUCUCCAUUUCCUUCUUUCUCUUCCUCUCCAUUUCCUUCUUUCUCUUCCUCUCCAUUUCCUUCUUUCUCUUCCUCUCUCCAUUUCCUUCUUUCUCUUCCUCUCUCCAUUUUCCUUUCUCUUCCUCUCUCCAUUUCGCCUUUCUCUUCCUCUCUCCAUUUCCGCCUUUCUCUUCCUCUCUCCAUUUCCGCCCUUUCUCUUCCCUCUCCAUUUUCUUUUCUUCUCUCUCCAUUUCCCUUUUCUCUUCUCUCUCAUUUCUUUUUCUUCCUCUCUCAUUUCCUUCUUUCUCUUCCUCUCCAUUUCCUUCUUUCUCUUCCUCUCAUUUCCUUCUCUUCUCUUCCCUUUCUCUUCCUCUCUCCAUUUCCACCUUUCUCUUCCUCUCUCCAUUUCCUCCUUUCUCUUCCUCUCUCCAUUUCCUCCUUUCUCUUCCUCUCUCCAUUUCCACCUUUCUCUUCCUCUCUCCAUUUCCUUUCUCUUCCUCUCUCCAUUUCCGCCUUUCUCUUCCUCUCUCCAUUUCCUUCUUUCUCUUCCUCUCUCCAUUUCCUUCUUUCUCUUCCUCUCUCCAUUUCCUUCUUUCUCUUCCUCUCUCCAUUUCCUUCUUUCUCUUCCUCUCUCCAUUUCCGCCUUUCUCUUCCCUCUCUCAUUUCCUUCUUUCUCUUCCUCUCUCCAUUUCCUUCUUUUCUUCCUCUCCAUUUCUCCUUUCCUCUUUCUCCAUUUCCUUCUUUCUCUUCCUCUCUCCAUUUCCUUCUUUCUCUUCCUCUCUCCAUUUCCGCCUUUCUCUUCCUCUCUCCAUUUCCGCCUUUCUCUUCCUCUCUCCAUUUCCGCCUUUCUCUUCCUCUCUCCAUUUCCGCCUUUCUCUUCCUCUCUCCAUUUCCGCCUUUCUCUUCCUCUCUCCAUUUCCGCCUUUCUCUUCCUCUCUCCAUUUCAUCCUUUCUCUCCAUCUCUUUACUUCUUGUUUAUAUCUUUAUUUACCAUUUUCUUUCAUCAAUCUUAUUUUCUAGUUUUGUCUUUUUUCCAUUGUUGCUCUUUUUGUUUCAUUCAUUUUUCUAUUUCUUCUUCAUAUCACUGCCCCCUCUUCUUUCAACUUCCUGAUUUUCCUUUCUUUUUUUUUUUUUUUUUUUAA